AUGUGUUCGGUGAGCGUGUGCUGCUGUGCUGCUCCGCUUCUGCUGCUGCUGCUGCUCAAAUGUAUGCUGGGACGGUGGUGUCGGUCCGGCGGUGGGCUGACGUUUCCGUGUCUGCCGCGGGUGCCCGUGUUCGGCAGUCUGCUGCACCUGCGCUCGUCUCUGCCGCCUCACCUGCUCUUCACACAGCUGUCGCGCAGGUACGGUCCCGUGUUCGGCUUGUACGCCGGACCGCACUUCACACUGGUGGUCAGUGAGAUCAGUCUGGUCAGAGAAGUGCUGCUGCAGCGCGGACGAGAGUUUGCUGGACGACCCAAGAUGGUGACCACAGAUGUGUUGACUCAGGGUGGAAAGGAUAUCGCGUUUGCAGACUACAGUCCGUUGUGGAAGAACCAUCGGCGUCUGGUGCACAACUCAUUCACACUGUUCGGCGAGGGAUCCAGCAAAUUACAGACCAUCGUUCAGGAGGACGCAGACAGUCUGUGUGAGGAGCUCCAGUCCUGCAGGGGUCAGAGUUCAGAUCUCAGUCCGAUUCUGAUGCGGGCCGUCACUAACGUCAUCUGCAGGCUGGUGUUCAGCUCCUCGUACCAGCCCAACGACCCCGAGCUCCUGACCGUCAUAGACUACAACGACGGCAUCGUCCAGACCAUCGCCAGAGGAGGACUCGUCGACAUCUUUCCCUGGCUGAGAAUUUUCCCCAACAAGGACCUGAAGAAACUGAAGCAGUGCGUUUCAGUGAGAGACCGACUACUGCACAGGAAACUACUGGAGCACAAGAUGACCCUCACACCUGGAGAGCCUCGAGACCUGCUGGACGCUCUUCUGAUUGGUCAGAUGAAGGGGUCAGGUGGGGAGGAUGACAUCACGGAGGAUCAUGUGCUCAUGACGGCAGCGGAGGCGUUUGGAGCCGGUGUGGAGACGACCUCCACCACACUACUGUGGACCAUAGCCUUCCUACUGCACCACCCACAGGUGCAGGAGCGUGUUCACUCUGAGCUGGAUGAGCGUGUGGGUCGGGACCGUCCUCUGUCUCUGAGCGACCGCUCACGUCUGCCCUUCCUGGACGCCGUUCUCUGUGAGGUGAUGCGGAUCCGUCCCGUCAGCCCCGUCCUCAUCCCGCACGUUGCUAUGCAGGACACCAGUUUAGGGGGUCACUCUGUUCCUAAAGGAACGCGUGUGUUGGUGAACAUGUGGGCGAUUCACCACGACCCCAAAUACUGGGACGAGCCUGACCAAUUCAGACCAGAGCGAUUCCUGGACUCGUCAGGAAAAAGAGCGACUCCGGGCAGCUUCCUGCCGUUCGGCGCCGGUCCGCGCAUCUGUGUGGGAGAAUCUCUGGCCAGGAUCGAGCUCUUUCUGUUCGCCAGCCGCCUCCUGCAGCGCUUCCACUUCAGCGUCCCGCCUGGGGCUUCCCUGCCCGACCUGAAGGGGCGACUCGGUGUGGUGCUGCAGCCUCUGCGCUACAGCGUGAGAGUCACACCGCGACACUGACUGACACACUGCACUGCCGAUACCGGACAGCAGGGGGAAACACUGAGAGCGGCGCUCAGCCCACCGCUGCAGGAGUGUGUGUGUGUGUGUGUACUUGUUUUUGCUACAUUGUGGGGACCAAAUGUCCCCACAAGGAUAGUAAAACCUGAAAUUUUUGACAUUGUGGGGACUGGCUUGAGGUCCCCAUGGGUACAAAUCUUAUAAAUCAUACAGAAUGAGUUUUUUUGAGAAAGUAAAAAUGCAGAAAGUUUUCUGUAAGGGUUAGGUUUAGGGGUAGGGGUAGGGUAAGGGGAUAGAAAAUACAGUGUGGACAGUAUACAAACCAUUGCACCUAUGGAGAGUCCCCACAAAGAUAAUAAACCAGACGUGUGUGUGUGUGUGUGUUUGAGAGAGAACUUUAGCAAACAGAAGAGCCACACAGAAUUAGCCUGCUAUGAAAUUUAAAAAUAUCAUAAAACGAGACAAAGAAAAUAAAGAGGAAAUAAAAUAAAAAAAUAUUAAAUUAAGUAAUAUUUAAUAUAAUUUAAUUUUACAAUAAAAUAAAUUAAAUAACCAAAACAAUGAAUGGAUAAAUAAAUAAAUAAAUAAAUACAGACGGGGAUGAAAACAAAAGAAAGAAAAAAAGCUUUUCAGGAAGUUUAAUUUCCUCUAUUAAUUUGCAGAAAUUCAAAGCAUUCUUCAUUAUUUUUAUCACCGAAAUUAAUCACCGCUCAAUAUGAAAUGAGCAGAAAUGUGUUGAAGGUUUUAGGAAUCCAUUCUUAAUGUUAAGAAUAAGAAUAAAUAUAGGAUAAUAAAGGAUAAUAAUUAUAUGCUAAAUCAUGUUUCUUUUUUUCAUAAAUAUACCAAGGAUCACAUUUUCCUUUUUUUUUUUUUUAUUAUUAUUAUUAUUAUUAUUUAGAGAAUUUGUCAAAUUCCAAAGGAUUUACUCUUUACUCAAAAAUAUUUCAUUUUAAAUGUCUUAAUUUAUCAGCUUCAUUCUUGGAAAAUUAGUGAGAAGCUGACUUUUUACUUGAGGAAAAGGGGUAUAAUCAAUGUUUGCUUAUAAUCAAGGUGCUUAAUGUACUUAAAUUUGACUUUUUGAAACGUAAGGCCUGGAAAACCUUUGAAAAUACCGAAUUCCUGAAGAGGUACAUGAAAAGUACUUGAGUUAUUAAAGGCGUUGUAUCUAAAUAAGUGUUUACUUUUGUCAAUAAGCACAUAUUUUUCCAUGCAAUUCCAAAAACAUCAUACCCUUUUUUUUUUUUUUGCUUAUUUUAGUUCAUGCCAGAAAACAAUCGAGCUAAGCCAGUAGUAGUACUGACAGGCGGUGUAAACAUGAAUGAAGACGCGAAAAGAACAGAUGAACUGAAUCAAUUGAGUCAUUUACGCGUGAACCGCUCCUAUUGAUUCAAACUCGCGACUUCGAUCAUUCAUUUCAAGCGAUUCACUAGUAAAAACCAGAUCAAAUUAAAGGAGCCAUUUGUUUUCGAAUUUCAGCAUCGCUUGUAACGAUUUUAAAAAGCACGUAGUGAUGGUGAAUCAUUUGAUUUAGAACGGAACUUGUUCGUGAAUCAUUUAGCGAAUUAAAUGGUUCAAAUCAAAUGAUUCGCGAUUUGAACUCUCGAUCUAAAUCAAAUGAUUCGCGAUACGCAAAUUUCCGAUCUAAGUCAAGUGAUUCGCGUUCCGAGUCCUGAUCUGAAAUGAUGGUUCGCGAAUCAUUUGAUUUAGAUCGGAACUGGUCCGUGAAUCAUUUCGCGAAUUGAAUGGUUCAAAUCUAAUGAUUCGCGAUUUGAAGUACCGAUCUAAAUCAGAUGAUUCGCGAUCCACGCUCCGAGUCCUGAUCUGAAAUGAUGGUUCGCGAAUCAUUUGAUUUAGAUCGGAACUUGUUCGUGAAUCAUUUAGCGAAUUAAAUGGUUCAAAUCAAAUGAUUCGCGAUUUGAACUCUCGAUCUAAAUCAAAUGAUUCGCGAUACGCAAAUUUCCGAUCUAAGUCAAGUGAUUCGCGUUCCGAGUCCUGAUCUGAAAUGAUGGUUCGCGAAUCAUUUGAUUUAGAUCGGAACUGGUCCGUGAAUCAUUUCGCGAAUUGAAUGGUUCAAAUCUAAUGAUUCGCGAUUUGAAGUACCGAUCUAAAUCAGAUGAUUCGCGAUCCACGCUCCGAGUCCUGAUCUGAAAUGAUGGUUCGCGAAUCAUUUGAUUUAGAUCGGAACUUGUUCGUGAAUCAUUUAGCGAAUUAAAUGGUUCAAAUCAAAUGAUUCGCGAUUUGAACUCUCGAUCUAAAUCAAAUGAUUCGCGAUACGCAAAUUUCCGAUCUAAGUCAAGUGAUUCGCGUUCCGAGUCCUGAUCUGAAAUGAUGGUUCGCGAAUCAUUUGAUUUAGAUCGGAACUGGUCCGUGAAUCAUUUCGCGAAUUGAAUGGUUCAAAUCUAAUGAUUCGCGAUUUGAAGUACCGAUCUAAAUCAGAUGAUUCGCGAUCCACGCUCCGAGUCCUGAUCUGAAAUGAUGGUUCGCGAAUCAUUUUUCAAAUCGGGACUUAAUAGCGUGGAUCGCGAAUCAUUUGAUUUCGAGCGGAACUUCGGUGCGGGUUCGCGAAUCAUUUGUUUCAUAUCAGGAUUUCGAAGCGAUUUCGCGAAUCUUUUUUUUUUCUGUAGAGAACAGUAGGAAACAUCAAACCAGGCCCGGUUCUACGGGGGUGCUUGAGGGUGCUAAGCACCCCCAAACAAAAGCAAAAGCACCCUCAGAUAAAAUUAUUAAUAGCGUAUUAAUUUUUAAAUUAAUGAACACGCAGACAGAUGCACACACAUACAUAAAUUCGCCAAAUUAAUACGUACACACAAGCUUAUAAAUACACAAGCUGAAUUGUUAAAAGCGCACCUCGGGUCAUGUGACACGAACCAACCAAUCAGCUUCAUCCUUUAUAGAAACAACAUUGAAAACUCAGCCAAGACGGUGAAACAGCUGAUCAUAGCUGUACAGGGAUAGACAUUUUUAAAAUACAUUUUGUAGCAGGGCAGUGCUAGAAAGCCAUUUAUCAUUUGCUGAAACUAACUUGUCUUCAUGGAGAGCGUAGGCCAUGGUUGCCUAGUAACGACAGACGCCAUGGGAGCGUAACUUAGCGCUUUGGAAAGAACGCGUUUUUAGGCGCGACAUGUGAACUGCUCCUAGAUGAGCAUGCAGUAAUAACCUUCACAGUGUA